CUUUGUUUGUUACUUCCCGGCUAACAGUUACUCGCGGAAUUAGUGAAUCAUAGGCGUGAUGCGUUACUUGGCUGCGUUUUUGCUCUGUCAGUUAGGUGGUAAGGAGAAACCUACUGAAAAUGAUAUCAAAACUGUCCUAAAUUCUGUUGGCAUUGAGCAUGAUUCUGAAAGACUCGAGAAACUGUUGUCUUCGUUGUCUGGCAAAGAUAUUCCACAACUAAUUGUUGAAGGAUCUACGAAGUUGUCCUCUAUACCAUCAUCCGGUGCUGUUGUCUCUUCUGCACCUGCUGCGGCAGCGUCAGCUAAAACUGAAGCCCCGCAGGCAGAUGUUAAGCCUGCGAAGGCUGAGGUUAAAGAAGAGUCCGAAUCAGAAGAAGAUAUGGGCUUUGGGCUAUUUGAUUAGUACAGUUAAAAAUAAAUGAAGUACGGUUCAG